AUGGCGAAGACGUACGAUUAUCUGUUCAAGCUGCUGCUCAUCGGCGACUCCGGCGUCGGCAAGACCUGCCUCCUGUUCCGUUUCUCAGAGGACGCCUUCAACACCACCUUCAUCUCCACCAUCGGAAUUGAUUUUAAAAUCAGAACGAUAGAACUCGAUGGAAAGAAAAUUAAACUUCAGAUAUGGGACACAGCGGGCCAGGAAAGAUUCCGAACAAUUACGACAGCUUACUAUAGAGGAGCCAUGGGAAUUAUGCUGGUCUAUGACAUCACCAAUGAAAAAUCCUUUGACAAUAUUAAGAAUUGGAUAAGAAACAUUGAAGAGCAUGCCUCUUCAGAUGUUGAAAGGAUGAUCCUGGGUAACAAAUGCGAUAUGAAUGACAAAAGACAGGUGUCCAAAGAAAGAGGGGAGAAGUUAGCAAUUGACUAUGGGAUUAAAUUUUUGGAGACAAGUGCAAAAUCCAGUACAAAUGUCGAGGAGGCAUUUUUUACACUUGCACGGGAUAUAAUGACAAAACUCAACAGAAAAAUGAAUGACAGCAAUUCAUCAGGAGCAGGUGGGCCAGUGAAAAUAACAGAAAACCGGUCCAAGAAGACCAGUUUCUUCCGCUGUUCAUUGCUAUGAUGAACUCUUCUGAGAGACUGCAGAAUACCUAGAGGGCCCUUCCCUGCUUCUCUGAAAGCACAGGUUACCCAGCCUCAGAGUCACCUCACCUGGCUGCUGCGGAGAGCACCAUGGAACUCUAGACCUCUCAACACAGAAUGCCAAGUGGAUUCCAGCCUCAUGGCCUAGCAAAAGAGCAGGCUCCUUUCUUCAAACAUGGAAGCAAAUGAUGUGGAGACACACGCAGGACCCAACUGGUUUUUCCUUGUUUUACUGCCUGUCCUGGAAGCUGCUAUCUUUCUUUGCACAUGAGUGUCAGCCUUUCUCUGGUACAGCAUAAUCUUAGACUCCUAACUGAGCACUUUAGUGGCAUGAAGUUCUAGACUUGUAUAUUUGGGGAUGUUUAAAGACAGCAGAACAUUAAACAGAGAUUGGUCUACUGAAAUUAAAGGAUGGUUGGCCUGGGUCAUAUGGCCAAAAGUUUUAUUGGUAGCAUUUACCGAAGGGCUUUGAUUUUCAGUGUUCUUAAAAAUCAUUAAAUAUUGGCAAACUUUUAAAAUUCAUAAAAAUGCCCAUCAGUUCACCAGAGGCCACUUCAUCUUCAUCUUUUCAGGUGGUUAUGAGCUCUGCCCAUCCCUGAGUAGCUGUAUCCUUUUUAAGUUGGCCACCACUGCCUUCUCUCUGAAAACAGUAUGUAGAAAGCACUCCAGUCUCACUGUUUCUGAGGGUGAUAUUUGCUGUCCCCUUUCCUGCCUGCCUUCUUGUCAUUAUUUACUUAUCUAAAACCAAUAAUAUAUGCAAGCUCUGCUGUGUCUAUCUUUGAACUUCAUGAGCGGAGAUUUCACAUAAGGAGAGAAAUGGUCAUUAGGGCUUUAUUUUCACAUCCAGCUAUGGUCUUGUUACACCAGAUAUGUAAUAUAUACUUUCUUAGUUUUACCCAUUAGCUUGUAUUACCCAGUUCUUAACCAUAAUACUGUCUGUGAGAGAGUUAACAAAGGUUAAAUUUAGAUUUCAGUUUGCAGAAAACAUACCUAUAUGGAGAGAAAUUAAACAUGUUAAUAAUGCUGAAAAUAAUGACUUUUGGUUCUAUUUAGGGUUUAAAAAAUACAUAAAAGUAAUUAGAUCUGGGACAUCCUCCAGAUAUCUUGUCUUUUUAUUAGAGCACAUAUGAUCCAGGUUUUGGCUUUCAAACAGCCUUUGCUGAAUGUAUAGGACCUAGCCCUUUGCGUUUAGGUUUGUAGUUAGAGAAGUGUUGUGGCUAUACAGGCAAAGCCAACCAAGAGCUUUGCUGCCUUUCUCACCAAAUGCUGGUUCUGAUAUUUCUUUUGUGAAUAAACCAUUACACUAGGGGUGGGUGGGAGGUAUUUAGUGUUAACUUACGUGCCAAAUACAGAUCAUAAUGUCACUGCUGUUGUUCCAGUCUUCAGUGUCCUAACACAGAGGGCAUAAAAACAGAUGACAAGGGAAAUGAACUUGUAGCAAUUACUCCUGCUCUUGUGCUGUAUAUUAAGAACUGGGUGUGGAAAUGGACAUGGAUAGUUGGUUACACAGGGAAUUCUGCUUCAGUGCUUGGACUAGCAGGCCUUCCUUUCUGUGGGAAAACUCAAAAGCAUUCCAGUGGCUGCAAGUAUACCAGAGUUAUUUUUGGUGGAUACGCUGACUUUACUUUGUUGACAAACUUUAGCCUUUUCUUCCUUUUCUCUAGUUACCUACCAGCUUAAAGUCACACAUUACUGUCCAGGUAUAAGUAGUUCUCUCAGUGAGAAUUGAUUGUAAGUCUAACAUCUUCAAAUUAAAUACAUUUUUGAAAAGAAACAGUAUUUUCUUAGAAAUGUUUUAUCACAACUUUUCUGGAAAAAAAAAAAGUUCAAGCAGUUACAGUGGUAACAAAGUACUUUGCAAAACGCAUGAGCUGUGACACCAUAUACGAAUGUAAUUUUCCUAGUAUUUACCUCUGACUGUUUGGUGUCUUAACACUUUGGUUUCUAUCUCAGGGGUUGUCUGCAAACCAAAACUGACAUGUUCUGUGGUCAGCAUCCUUUUUUUAAACCAGAAUGCUUUGCUUUUGAUUUCUUCAUUCUUCUUGUGUCUUUUGUGGGUUAAUAACUAGUCUCCAUGAACUUCUCUUUGAAUGAGCCUGUAAAUGUUUAGGUGAGUCUAAAAGUGCUCUUUGAAGUAGCAGCAAACUGGGAGUAUAUUCUCUGUUAUAUAGAAAUAAAUUGCCCCUGCUAUUUUCUUACAUUUAGCUUUGCUAAAUUGUAUAUAAUUUGAGCUCAGACCAUAGGAAAUUCACUUUCUGCAUGGUAAAAAACAACCCAACAAAUAGUCUACUUUGCUUAAUAAUGUACAUAUGGUGCAUUAUUUUUUCUAUUUGUAGUUGAGUUUAGUGACAGAUAAUUGUCUGUUCCCUGCUGAAACUGAAGAAAUCUAGGGGUGUCUCUGUGUGUGUGUGUGUGUGUGUGUGUGUGUGUGUGUGUGUAUGUAUGUAUGUAUGUAUGUAUGUAUGUAUGUAUGAACAUUGUUGUGGUCUUACAGAUAAGAUAGGGUACAUAGAGAUUUUUGCAGCAGUAUUAGUGGUUCAGAGGCUGCACUUUAUUAUUAUUGUGCUAAUUUUUUGACAACAGUUGGACUCAGAAUUUUGAAAUUGAAUCUAAGGGUAUCAGACAGUAAAGUAUGCUGUAUCUAAGUAGCAUGUGAAUCAGUUGAUUGUGAAAUGUUUCACUGGGAACCUGUUCUAGCCUCUUUUACUGGGGAUGAUGAAGCGACCUCUGCACAUCAGUCAGGUGCUGCAGGGUUUCUUACUGUUCAUGUGGACAUUUUAUGCAGUCUUCGUUAUAAAUUUCUCUUUACUUUGAAAGACUAUUUUUUAAUUAUACCUCAUUUAGCUAACUAAUAUUCUAAUACCUGGUAGAAAAACAGUGAGCCAGCCUCUAAGCAUUCAAUGAAAUUUACGCAGUAUGUUUUGUUUUGUCUUGUUUUGAAUUGAAGGCAUCCUUGGAAAAGAGAAAUGUGGUACCUUAGUUUUGAAUAAAGCAUGCAUGUAAAUAUCCAGUAGCAUACAAAAAAUGUUACUGCCUUGUCCAUUAAUGAAUUUAGUUGUGCAAUAUACAUGGAUUGUUCUGAGGUUUGUGAGUAAGAAAUUACCAGCAUUUUACAGGCUCCAAAUGCUGAGAAUCUCUAUUAGGGCUUAAAGUGUCUUCCUAUGAGCAGUAAAACACAAAUUAAGUAGACUUUCUCUUUAAGCUUGUGACUUAGAUGCUUUUAUAAAUAUAGUUCUUAAUCUUUAAAGAUGAGAUUCUAAGCCUAGAAUUUUAAAACCACAUUUCAUUAUGUUGGUUUACUGAUCUCAAAAUUUCUUCCAUUCAUUUUUUUAGACUUAAAAAAAAAAACUAAACAAAGAGACCUUCCUUUAUCUUUCUCAUUAUACCCAAGAUUGUCUGAAAACGAAAUCCCUUGAUUCAGAAGGACAUAGGUCAGGAUAUACUAAUAAAAAUCUAUGAAUGUCAUAGUCAUUAGAAGGAAACUAAAUGACUGAGUACAGAAAUGAAAAUCAGCAAGCAUUUGUUUUAAGAAAUUUCCAGAUUUUAACUUUGUAUCUUGAGAUAUGUGCCAUAUGCUAGGAACUAACAGAACUUCAUAUUUCAUCUUUGUACCUUUUUUAAAAAAAGUGAACUUAUGAUUGUUCAUUCCAAUGGCCUUACAGAUAGGUUUGACUUGACUGUUUGCAGCUGAUGCUGCAGUUCCCUAAAUGCAAAAUGCCAUGAACUGUCUGAUUAAAAUUAUGCCCCAUGGGAACUAUGGAGUUUUUACAUAGGCUUCUACGUGUGUGCUUAAACAUAUUUUAUUUUGCUCCAGUGGCUUACUGUGGAAAGCUCCUGUGGAUAAUAUAGACCUGUCAUGUGGUUGGUCUGUUGAAGCCAGUUCAUUAACUGUACUGAUACUGAUGCUGUGUUUUUUUAAAAAAUUGAUUUUAUUCCAGGUGAACUUUUUUUUUUUUUACAAUAAUGUUCAUCUAAAAUAAAAACUACAUAAUGAAAAUGUU